AAGCUAUGAAGAUGCUGCUGCGUUUGCUGCUCUCCAUGAUGAUUAUCCAUCAGCCAUGUGUCGUCUAUGGUAAGCUCUGUGGACUGGAACAUGUAUCUGCUGCUGAAGGAGGAGAAGUCAUUCUACGUGUCCCUCGGUCAGAGAACACAUUCAUCAACUGGAUUUUGUUACCAAGUGGAACUGUUGUUGCUCCAACUGAGCCUGGAAAACCUAUUAAUGAAAAUGCUUUGAGGAACGAGUAUAGAGGAAGAGUGAGCAGUGAAGCUGAUGGAUCCUUACACAUCAAUCAUUUAUCACUGAAAGACCAGGGGAUCUAUAGAGCUCAAUCACCAGAUGACAGUAUCUGUGUAGUGUUUAAUCUCACGGUGUACGAGAACCUGUCACCUGGAGACAUCAAGAUCAACCACAGCCUCACCAGGAAUGACAUUUGCUCACUGAGUUUGUUGUGCGUCGUGGACAAACGAGAUGUGGCUAUAACAUGGAGUACUGCACAGAGCUGCCACAUCAAUGUGACCGGAGGUGUCCUGUAUGUACCUCCCAGUGAUGUGAACUUCACCUAUACCUGCACCGCACGUAACCCUGUCAGUAAUGUCUCCAAGACUGUGAUCCCCGGGGAAUACUGCCGGAGAGAUUUGACAAGACAAAACCAAAAGGAUCUCGGUAGAUUACAUAUGAUACGUUGGGUGUUAUCCGGUGUUGUGUUAUUAAUCACCUGCUAUGUCUUCAUUCAUCACAUAAAGAGUGAAGUCAUACGACCUUCCAGUAGAUGCUGAAGACGCCUCUUCAACUAGCUGUGCCUUAUGGCAGGAAAGCGACCUUCUCACUUCUCAAAGUUAUUUUCUUUACUAUAAACCAAAAAGAAGACA